AUGAAGAGGCUACUUUGUUUCUCCCUCUUCUGCAAAACCGUUCCUUCCACUCGUUCUCCUCGCCCCCACGAUGCUGCCCUCCUCUUUUCCGUCUUACCUUACUCGGCCUCCGCCGCCGCAUUCAGCACUGGGAAGCACAUGUUCAUAGCCCAGUACCUCGUCGACUCAUGUGGUUUCGACCAGAAGAAGGCCACCGAGGCCUCGAAACAUCUCAAGGGCAUCCAAUCUCGGCAGCAGCCCGACUCCGUCCUUGCUUUCCUCAAAAGUUACGGCUUCGAUGACGCAUCAGUAAAAAAGAUCCUACAUUACUCCCCCAAAUGUCUUCUUUUGGACGUAGAGAAGACACUUGCCCCAAAGUUCCGAGCUUUUGAAGAUCUGGGUUUCUCCCCAUCCGACAUCGUCCACCUCGCCCGAUCAAAUCCCUUCACCACCCGAAUCAAACACGAACGCAGUGUGCCUAGGAUCAAAUUUUGGCAAGACCUUCUCGGGUCCAAGGAUGCGCUGAUGAAGUUGUUCAAGAGUAACAAUUGGGUUCUUGGGUACAGCAUCAAGAAGAGAAUCCAGCCCAACCUUGAGUUGCUUCGGGAAUGCGGCGUGGACGGGCAAAAGCUCAACUUUAUCUUGCGCUUUCGCCCAAUGUUCAUAUCGCAGAAAAUUGAUACCUUGAAGUCGUUGAUCAGUCGCGUGGAGGACUUGGGAAUGCCACGGACAUCGGGGAUGUUCCAUUGCUCUCUGUGUGCUCUUUUCAUGGUCCACCCAAAUAAAUUCAAGAUGCUAAUGGAGUUGUUCCGGAGCUUCGGGUGGUCUCAGGGUGAUGUUGUUGCAGCAUUCCAAAAGUAUCCUGCUAUGGCAGGAAGGUCUUUGAAGAAUUUGCAGAGAAAAAUGGAGUUCUUGAUAAAUGAAGCUGGAUGUGCUUCUUCUUACAUCGCUACACAUCCAGUACUAUUGACCCUGAGCUUGGAGAGAAGGUUGAUUCCUAGACAUCGGAUCUUAGCAACCUUGAAGUCUAGAGGGCACUGUGAAAGGGAUUACAAAGUGACAACAUACAUGAUGAGUUCCGAGGACAAAUUCAUAGAGAAGUACGUCAUUGUCUAUAAGGACAGGUAUCCGGAUCUAAGUGGACUCUAUGCAAGCUUAAAGCACACAAUGGCUUCUGAUUAG